AUGACGGUACAUAAUGUCAACCCAGUGCUUAGCAGGAAGUGCAUCUUGUGUUUAGCUGGAACAUGAGGAGAAGUGUUUUAAACAACUAGUGGGACACCAGCAAACCUUUUGACGCUAAAAAACAGCAGUGGGUGAUGGAGAGUUAUAGAAGAGGACGACCAUGGGGGAAGCUGGUCAAAGUGAACUCCAGUGAAACUGUCCUGCUCUUCAACAGGGAGUGCACAGUUGGCAGAAAGAAAGGAUGUUAUUUGUCUUUCCCAGCAAAUAAACUGGUAUCAGGCGAGCACUGUAAGAUUGUGCAGGAUGAAAGCUCGGGGUUAGCGUGGCUCGAGGAUAUGAGCACUAAUGGCACAAUAAUCAACAUGUCCAAACUGGUCAAGAAGCAAACUCACAUGCUGCAGAACGGCGAUGUCAUCUACUUUGUGUACAGGAAAAGUGAGCCGGAACAGAAUAUUGCCUACGUCUACCACUCAAUCAAAGCAGAACAAUCUAAUACACAACAAACUUAUGACAUGGAGAGGACGGCGCUCAGUGCUGCUCCAGUUUCACCGUCGGAGAUGUCCCUCUCUGUGGAGCCUGUGAUGCUCGCAGCGGCUCCUCGUGAUCCAACUCAGGAGGAACCUCAGCCCUCCACCUCUUCUUCCCACUUCUGUAUUGGGAGCAUGACCACUUCUGGUGCCAUGGCAACCGCAGCCUGUCCUGCUUCUGGCCAAACUAGAGAUGCAGCCCAGGCACUGGGAAGAGACACAGACAACAUGGAGCCAGAAAGCAAGAGGAGGAAAACUCAUGAUGAUAAAGAUUAUGAUUCAGGCUCUCCACACACCUCUGGUACAGAAGUGGUCGCUUCAGUACAGGGACAUUCUUUGUCCAAACCCCCGACAGAAGGAGCAAAAACGGACAAGAUGGAGGAGAGUUUGACAUGUGUCAUUUGUCAGGACCUUCUGCACGACUGUGUCAGCUUGCAGCCUUGCAUGCACGUCUUCUGUGCUGCUUGCUACUCAGGCUGGAUGGAGCGUUCGUCUCUUUGCCCCACCUGCCGCUGUCCUGUGGAGAGGAUUCGGAAGAACCACAUCCUCAACAACCUGGUGGAGGCCUACCUCAACCAGCACCCAGAGAAGUGUCGCAGUGAGGAGGACCUGAAGAGCAUGGACAGCCGUAACAAGAUAACUCAGGACAUGUUGCAGCCAAAAGUUGAACGCUCAUUCUCCGACGAGGAGGGCAGCUCAGACUUCCUGUUUGAGCUCUCCGACAAUGACAGCGACUCGUCAGACAUCAGUCAACCUCUAGUGAUGUGCAGACAGUGCCCAGGCUACAGGAGGGACUUCAGUCAGGUGCUGUAUGCCACAGGUUCAAACUUCUGGCUCCCGGGUUUACCGGUUCCACCACAAGUUCCUCCUCCACCCAAACCACCAAAUGAAGAGGUGCCUGAAAAGCCCACAGGGGAGCAGCCCUCAACAUCCUCUGAUAUCCCCUCAGCUCCUCAGGAUCCCAAGGAGUACCGCUGCCCCCCACAGGGCCUCCAUCUCAUCUGCACCUGCUGCCUCCAGCCGAUGCCAGACAGACAGGCCGAGCUCAACAGCCAGCAGGGUGUCGCUCAACAAUGUGUGCUGUGCCAGCGACCCUUCUGUCACAUGUACUGGGGCUGCCAGAGGAUUGGCUGUCAGGGCUGUCUGGCUCGAUUCAGUGAGCUCAACCUGACAGACAAAUGCCUGGAUGGUGUGCUGAACAACAACAACUAUGAAUCAGAGAUCCUCCAGACCUACCUGACCUCCAGAGGAAAGUCCUGGAGAGAUCUGCAUCAGGAGUCUCUGCAGAGCUUACAGCAGGGACAGUAUUAUCUCACAGAUGGUCGCAUCUCUGCGAACGCCGUCCUGUGCUUCUGCUGCGGCCUGCGAUCAUUCAAGGAGCUGGCCUACAAAUACAGACAGAGCAUCCCCUCAUCUGAACUACCAGCUGCUGUGACAGCUCGUCCUGACUGUUACUGGGGGCGUAACUGCCGGACACAGGUGAAGGCACAUCAUGCAAUGAAAUUCAAUCACAUUUGUGAGCAGACACGCUUCAAGAGCUGAGGAGUGGAGGGGUUUGUUUCUUCACCUGUGUGUCAAACUGAAGAGUGUCACACGAUGUUGUGACGUUCUGUUUUCUGUCCAUAUUAGAGAUCUGCCUUUCAGAUGUUAUGCAAAAACCCAAUGCAGAAAAUACAAUCGGUAUCCAUUUACAAUAAUGACCAGUGUCCUGCUCGAUGUGGGGCUGUGUGAAAUAAUGCUAUGCACAUUAUCAUUGGAGUUGAAUUCAUGUUUACUUAAAGGUUAGAGCUGUUAUUGAGAGUUUAGACCUAGGGGGCAGGGAGAUGGGGGGGCUCCUUUACUCACCAAGUCUACCAGGUAAGCAACCACCAACUGUCAGUGUUUUAAUUUGUCAAAAAUGCUUCCUGAUACUUCCUCCAGCCUGUAUGGAAAAAAACAAACAAAUCCUAAAUAGAGACCUUGUGGUUCAAUUUGUACAGAUAAAGAUCAUUCACCUAAACAUGUUUGUAAUAUGUAGUUUUCUACCUUUUGUAAUUGAGGGUAUAAACACAUGAUGUAUACAGUCUGUCUUUCAAUGUUUUAUUUUGUUAGGGAGGUUCUUUUUACUGCUCAUGAUUAUGUCAGAGUAUUACAGUAGUUGCACCAUUUUUGGCCAAGUCAUAAUUAGUUUCCACUGGAUUCCAACUCGUAACAAUAUCAUUAAGUGUAAAUGUCUCACCUCUGGGGAGGGGGGGGGGCUUUUCUUGUUUCGCCCAGGUAUUACUUCAUCUCCAGACGGGGGCAAAAAGCCAUGUCAAAGCCUGCGCAUACGUUCUCUAGAUUAAUAAUCCCUUGUGAUAUUUGUAUAGGAUUUGUAAGGGGAUAAAUGUGUUGUAACCCUGUCGGGGGGGGGGGGGCUUUGGUGUAUGCUUUGCUCAGGAUAAUCAUCUCAAAAGGUGAUUAUAGUGUAGAAGGGACCCUUUCUUAGAGCCUUGUAGUAAGGGCUAAGCUGUGAUGAAAGGCAGUUACUCAUGUAUGGUCUUGAAAAAAUGCAACACUCCAGGAAACCUGCGGUUGUUGAGUUUGCUGGAAGUGAUGGUUCUUUCACACAAAUUGAAAGUUUGCAAUAGCUGGAUGAUGCACUUGGUUAACUAGGUUUAGAGAAUCGUGCAAACACAACUCAACAGCGUACCUUUGAGUUGAAAUGUACGUUCCUGUUGUAUAGGCCAGAGCUGAGAGAUAUGAAAUCAUUGUGUUUAGGCUUGUAAUCGAUUUUUUUUUUGGAUUCUCAGGUACACAGAGCUGCUGUGUUGUGAUUUUUAAACGACAGGUGAACGAUAUUUGGUCGUCAGAGAGUGCUGUGUCAACAUGUCAAAGAUGUCGUGUUGACUUCUGAUUUGAGACCUCCACGUGUCAAUGCUAUCACUCACAAACAUGCACAGCUACAUGAUGUCUACUGGAGAAAAAAAAAGGACAAGUCAUGUUUAUUUUUCUGGACUGUUUCGCCUUCUCAACCUUAAGACAUUAGAUUCAAGGGGCCUUAUAUAUUGAAAUGUGAGGAUGAAGUAACACAUACCUUAUUUGUGGGCCCGAUGUAGUGUGUACAUUUGUAGAAAACUGUAGGUGGACAAGAAGAGUGGGGGUGGGGGGAAUUGUUUUAACACUUAGCUUGAAUCCAGUACCUUUGUAUGAUUCCCACAUACAGCUACUGGGCUUAUUUUUUUAAGAAAGUUUUUGGGCUUUGUUUAGAAGAAUAUGUACUAGAGAUAAGUCCAAAUAUUGAGUAGAUGUGGUUAUGUUUCACAACAAUGAGGAUAUUUGCACAUCACGUUUUGUACACAGAUAGAGGCAUCAUGUGAGGUCUGCAAGGGAAUGGUAUGAGCCAAACAUCUUAGAAGAGCUGUCUUUACAUAGCACCUGAGAUUUCCGUCGUCUGGUUCUUCUUUGUCUGAUUUUAAAUCAUAUAAAGGGUUUCAUUCCAAAAUGGGACACGAUUCAUCAGGUAGAAAAAUGCAAUAGAGGGAAAAUUUAACUUUUUCACAUGUAUAUAUCGUUGUUACUUUACAUGCUGAAUCUUUGAAAAUGAUGUCCUUUAGAAAGAUAUAUAUAUGAGAAACAUGAGCCAUAGUGACUGUGGACACAGUAUGUUUCUAAACUGGGUUUAUGAAUGGGCACUUUCUGGUCUCUGCCAGAGCUCUUGAGUUAAUCUGUGGUGUUAGUAAAGUGGUUUAGGUGUGUAUUUUUAUUUUUUGUAUUCCCUGAGUCACGGUGGGUCCACACUGGCAUUCCUUAGCGGCUCAGGCCCUCGGCACAAACCCGGUCGAUCCCCCGACGGUGUGGCUGAGUUUUAAUUAUUCCCCACCGGAGAUCUGGGCACCAUAAGCCAACAACAGUCCCAAGCCGCUCCAAUCAGGAAUUGGUAUUAAAGAGGCUUUGGUUGAGUGCUUUGCGUUCUCUGGUAUGUGGGUGGGAGGGGGUAUGUUGUAUACUACGGAAAAUAUUUACUCACUUUGUGUGCAAGAGUCUGGACCGCACUGCUCAGCAGUAUGGAAGAGGCAGGACCAUUCUACCUCAGCGCAGCUCCCAGGGACAAGGGAGGCUGAACAGGCAUCAGAGUCAAGAUCACAUCCCUUCAAAACACGCCUCUUAAUGAGGGCUGGAAGUCCUUACUGAUGCCUGUAAACUUUGUAUGCAAUGCACUAUUUCUACAGUUAUAGUCUAGACUAUGAUCAACCUCUAGUUAAAGCUAGCAUUAGGCACAUGUUGAAAUGUUGCAAGAAUAUGUUUGAUAAAUGCCUCUUACGCUGUAUGAUCAUUUGUAUGUUAUAUUAGCAAUGCUACAAAUCAGAAAUCUAAAACAUUGACCUGUAUACAGAUCUGAUUUACUUGUGUACCCUGACAAAUUAAAAGACCAACAUGUAUGUCUGAAGAAACCGA